CAUCAAUGUUGGUAACCCGGAAGUAAAACUCAGAGUCACGAGGAAAGUGAAGUCAGACAGACUGAGAAGAGAGUUCAGACGUUUUCUAGAGUUUGCGAGAGAAGUUUUGUGCAGAUAUGUUGAAACCUAAGGCGCUGACGCAAGUCCUGAGCCAGGCGAACACGGGAGGGGUGCAGUGUACGCUGCUGUUGAAUGGAGAAGGAGCGUUGCUGGCGUACUCGGGGUACGGAGACAAGGAUGCCCGUGUCACGGCGGCCAUCGCCAGUAACAUCUGGGCUGCGUACGAGAAGAACGGGAGAUCUGCCUUCAACGAAGACUGCUUAGAGUGUGUCCUACUGGAUUGUAAGGAUGGCAGAGUUGCAAUCACACAGGUGGCCAACCUGCUGCUGUGUAUCUAUGCUGAGAAGGCUGUGGGCUUUGGCAUGCUCAAGGCAAAGGCAAAAGCAUUGGCAGAUUACCUGGAGGACCCACUGACACAAGUAGCAGCAUCGUAGUACAUACAACAGACGGGCACGGAGGGAACAUAUGGUGGAGGGGGGCUUGUCUGUCAUUCAUUACUAGGGAAACAUCAAGCCCUUCUCAUGACUACUUAUAUGUGAAAUUCUGUAAAUGGGGAUGGUAAAUGAUGAUGUGUGAUGUGCGUCUAACUGCCAAAAGGAUACAAGUAGUCUGUAUAACACAAAUCGUCUAGAGGUCUAUGGAGUUACUCUCCAAGCAGAGGUUAGGGUCCGGGUGUUUGUUUUUUUAAACAUUUUUUAGUCGUUUUUAUCGGGCUUUCUAUUUUGUCAUUUUCUUGAAAUACGCCAGCCAAAUGUUAGGUUUUGAUGCAGCAAGAUACAAUACAAACUAAAAAAGCCUGAUUAAAACGACUAAAAAAAGUUUUAAAAAGCCGGAGCCUAACCUCUGCUUGGAGAGUAUAUGGAGUAUGGAGUAGCUAGAGCCUGUUCCAGAGGCUAGACCAGUGGAAGUGCUGACAAAAGCGAGUUAUUGUUAGGCUACAGUCUUGGCAUAAAGCAUCAGUUAUUAUUAUGCAGAAUUACUGAAGGAUCAAUGUAUUCUGUAUGUACAAUGGAUUAGCUAAUAGUAAUGUUACAUAUUGUAUGAACAAGUUAAAGAAACUCAGUCAAGAAGUGCUUUGCCAGUAGGCAGUACUGUAAUAAAUUUGUCUAGACAUGUUUAGUGGUAUUUUCUUUAUGAAUACUAAUAAUGUAUAUCAGGAAUAUCUCUAAAUCAGACAAAUUGGCUUGUAUACAUACUUGAAGAUUCCAUAUGAAAGACACCACAUGGGAUACAUAACACUAUGUAAUGUGUCUGGAUGCGGAGUAGCUACCGUUAUAGAAUGAUGAUUAAAAGAAUUUGAUAGAAAUACAGAA